AUGGCAGGUGGAGCCAAGAAGCCGGUCAACAUCUUCCGCUUGAAGAAUCUGGGUGAGCCCAAGGAGGUCUUUAACUGGAAGUUAUGGUUCGCCGUCGUCUCUUUCGGUUUGAUGGGCGCUGCCCGCGGUAUCGAUGAGGGCCUCAUCUCAGGCGCCUUCAACUCCAAGGAUUUCCAGCGCUACAUCAACUACAGUUCCUACAGCAAGGUCGAGCAGACCAACAUCAAGGCCAAUGUCUCGUCCAUGGUUCAAAUCGGUUCUGUUGGUGGUGCUCUCUUUGCUUUCCUGGUCUGUGAUCGCAUUGGUCGUAUCUGGGCCACUCGUCAACUCUGUCUCUUCUGGAUCGUUGGUGCCGCCAUUUUCAUGGGCAACAAUGGCAAUCUCGGCGCCGUCUAUGCAGGUCGAUUCAUUGCUGGUUUGGGUGUUGGACAGACUGUGGUCGUGGCCCCGGUUUACCUUGCCGAAAUUGCACCAGCAGCUAUUCGAGGUCUUUGCACGUGUGUAUUCACUGGUUUCGUGUAUCUUGGUAUCGUGCUUGCCUAUUUUGCCAAUUAUGGAUGCCAAGUGAACAUGGGCGACAACACUCACAAGCGAUGGGAAGUUCCUACCAGUCUCCAUGUUAUCUUCGCCGGAUUGAUAUUCUGCCUCUCCUUCUUCCAAUACGAAUCCCCACGUUACCUGAUCAAGAGUGGCCAGGUCGACAAGGCUAUCUCCAACCUCUCCCGUAUCCGAAACCUGCCAGCCGACCACGAGUAUGUCGUUCGUGAGAUCGCCGCCAUUCAAACCGCCCAUCAAAUGGAGAUGGAGGCUACUAUGGGUGCCGGUCCUCUAGGAAUCAUCAAGGAGACCUUCAUGAUUCCUUCCAACCUUUACCGCAUUUACCUAGCCCUGAUGGCACAGAUUCUGUCCCAGUGGUCCGGCGCCGGCUCUAUCACCGUCUACGCCACCGAUCUAUUCAAACUGCUGGGUGUCACUGGUAGCAACGAGAACCUGUUGGUGACCGCUGUCUUUGGAAUUGUCAAGCUGGUUGCGGCAAUUCUUUGUGCCCUCUUCCUGGUCGAUGUGAUUGGUCGUAAGCGCGCGCUGUUGAUUGGUAUCACCUUGCAGGCAAUCUCCAUGUUCUACAUUGCCGGAUUCCUAACUGCCGUCCCCGAGAUGGGCGUGGUAAAGGACUUCAAGCUUCCCGAGAGCAAAAAGGGGGCCAGUGAGGGCGCGAUCGCCAUGAUUUAUCUCUCCGGUUUCGGUUGGGCUCUUGGCUGGAACUCCAUGCAGUACCUUCUGACUGCUGAACUGUUCCCUCUGCGUAUCCGUGCUCUGGCUACUUCGUUGGCUAUGACUUUGCACUUUGCCAACCAGUAUGGCAACUCCCGUGCCGUUCCCAACAUGUUACUCCCUGUUUCCGAGGGCGGUAUCAGCCCUAAGGGAACCUUCUGGUUCUUCGGUGUGAUCACCCUCAUCGGUGGUGUCUGGGUUUGGUUCAGCAUUCCCGAGACAGCCGGUCGGACUCUUGAGAGCAUGGACCGACUGUUCGAGCUGCCCUGGUACAAGAUUGGCCGAUACGGUAACCGGGAUGCCGAGGAGCGCGAUCAGGUUGUUGACGAGAAGAUGGAGGCCAUGACGUCUCAGCUUGGCACUUCGCAGCAUGUGGAGCGACAGGAUGCUUCGACUCGCGUUUGA